CUCUUUCUCCGUUCCUCGUCCCACGGGGUCGCUCUGCCUCCCCAUCCUGCGUCUUGUGGCCCCGUCCCCAGCUCUCCGUGUCCCUCAGUGCCAGUCCUGGUCCUGUGGACCCCCGCCCGCUGCCCGCAGCCGGGCCCCAGCCCUCUGCGCCGUGUGUGUCUGCCCCUGCGGCGGCCGGCCGAGGAGGUGGAGGGAGGGGACGCCAAUGACCUCACCAGCCCCUCUCCGACCACCCCCCCCUUUCUCUUUUCAACUUUUCCAACUUUUCCUUCCGUGCCCUCCUCUGAGCAAGGCAGCGUGAGCCCUGCGAGGCAGCCGGCUCCGUCUGAAUGGAAAAGGCAGGCAGGGAGGGUGAGUCAGGAUGUGUCAGGCCGCCCUCCCCUGCUGCCUGCCCCCCGCCCGCCCGCCCUGGCCCCCUAUAUAACCCCCCAGGCAUCCACACUCCCUCACUGCCACGGCCCUCGCUGCUCACACGCACAUGCCUCCCCUCCCCAGGCCGAGGCCCAGCUGACCCCCAGGGCUCCCCCCCGGCAGCGGACAGGGAAGGGUUAAAGGCCCCCAGCUCCCUGCCCCCUGCCCUGGGGAAUCCCUGCCCUGUGGGGACAUGAACAGUAAGUUGGUUCAAGUUCAUAGGGUGGGGGGGGGGGGACAGGAAGGGAGGAAGGAGGGACCGCGGCGAGGAGGGUGGGGAGCAGACAGACACAGCGGAAUCGGACAGAGAGAGACAGAGGAGAGCGAGAGAGCCGUGGGGAGGCAGAGACGGAGGACAGGAAAGGAGAUUCAGAGAAAGCAGCAGGAGGCCGGGAGCAGAGACGGGCAGAGACAGGAGGACGGAUUUGAGACGCGGAGACAGGGCAGCGCGAGAGACAUGAAGACAUACAGACAGAGACAGACAAAUGCCGGGAGGUGACCCCCAAGAGCGCGGGACGCCCUGGGAGUCGGCAGACACCCGGGCAUCCUGACAGAAAGGCUCCGGGAGGGAAACUGAGGCAGGGAGCCCGAGGAGGUGAGCGCAAGUCCCGAACGCCGACCCCCCAGGCAGGGGGAGGAGAGAAAGAGAGACAGUGGUGCAGACAGGAACCGGAGAGCCAGACAGAUGCGGACCGACGGACAGACAGCGGCCGGGGAGGGCCCGGGGGGCGGGCUGGGGGUGUGAUGCGGGAGCGGGGCGGCCCGGGGGGCGCUGAUUGGCUGGCGGGCGCGGGGGUGGGCGGGGCGGCUGGGGGAUGGGCUGCCGGGGAACCAGCGGGCCGGAGCCCCCGGGGAGCGCGCCGCCGCCGGGUCCCUGUCCGCCUCCCGCGUCCCCGCUGCGCCCGCGUCUCUGCGUCCCUCCGCCCAGGUGUUUGCUGCCUGGUCCUGGUCGCUCUGAGCCUGUGGCCGGAUAGAGCUGCUGCCCCGGGGCCACCGCCGGGCCCCCCACGGGCCUCCCCAGACCCUCGGGCCGAGCUGGACAGCGCCGUCCUCCUGACCCGCUCUCUCCUGGCGGACACUCGACAGCUUGCUGCGCAGCUGAGAGACAAAUUUCCAGCCGACGGAGACCACAACCUGGACUCUCUUCCCACCUUGGCCAUGAGUGCAGGGGCACUGGGAGCCCUACAGCUCCCAGGUGUGCUGACGCGGCUGCGGGCAGACCUGUUCUCCUACCUGCGGCACGUGCAGUGGCUGCGGCGGGCGGGCGGCCCUUCCUUGCGGACCCUGGAGCCGGAGCUGGGCGCCCUGCAGGCCCGGCUGGACAGACUGCUGCGCCGGCUGCAGCUCCUGAUGUCCCGCCUGGCCUUACCCCAAGCACCCCCAGACCCACCAGCUCCCCCACUGGCCCCCCCAGCCUCCGCCUGGGGAGGCAUCAGGGCAGCCCACGCCAUUCUUGGGGGGUUGCACCUGACCCUUGACUGGGCCGUGCGGGGCUUGCUGCUGCUGAAGACUCGGUUGUGACCAGCUACACAGAACCGCCAACGUCCUUCGAUGCCACAUCUUAUUUAUUUAUUUAUUUGGGGACUAGGGGCAUGGAGGUCAGGAGAUACCCCCCUCUUCUUCUCCCCCUGAUUAGAGACGGUCCCUCCAGGAGACCUGGGCAGAAGAGGGGGGGGGGCAUCUGUGCCUUAUUUAUACUUAUUUAUUUAAGGGCGUGGGUGGGAGGUGGGUGGGCUUGGGGACCAAAGGGUGAGGGAACAGGAGUCCUGGAUUCUUGAAUCUCUAAGACGUCUGGCCACAGUGUUUCCCUGUUCCCCACGCCUCUGGGCCUAGGCAGGAGCAUAUAUUAUUUAUUAAACAAUUACUUUUUGUGUUGGGGUGGGGAGGGAAGGGAAAGAGGCCUGGGUUUUUGUACAAAAUGCGAGAAACUUUUGUAUGAUACAGAAGGGGAAAUUAAAUUUGUCAUACACAUCCACUUAGAGGUGAUUUCUCUGAGGGCUGGGGGCUGGGGUCCCUGGAGUAGAGGGAGGCAGGGACCCUUAGUGGGCAGGACAGCAGAGGGGAGAUGGUUGGUCCUCCAGGGCAGGGUCUGAGCCUCAUCUGGUGCACAGCACUUCAUAGACUCUCAAUAAAUAUUUAAUAGAAGGUUCCAGAAGGUCAUCCAGUGCCCUACAGUGCUUGUACAUGACAAGGCUGCAAGUUCGAGGUCAUUCAUUAUGGCAGUUCACAACAGCAAAUUGGAAGCAACCUAGAUGUUCAACAGUGAGGGAUGGUUUAAUAAAUGACACCCAUCUGUGUGAUGGAAAACUAUUAGCCAUAAAGGGGGGAUGAUACAAAGGCGGCUUUAAGACAUAGAGAAAGCAGGCUACUAACCACUGCAUGAUUCCCACUUUGCUUCUCUGGAUGGAUGGAUGGAUGGAUGGAUAUAUAGAUUUUUUUAAGAAGUCCUAGAACACAGGGCACCUGGCUGGCUCAGUCAGUAGAGCAUGUGACUCUUGAUCUCUGGGCCGUGAGUUCAAGUGCCACGUUGGGCAUAGAGCUUACUUUAAAAUAAUAAUUAAAAAAAAAAAAAAACUCCUAGAAGAAAAUACACCAAAAUGUUGACCAUGGUCCCUUCAGGGUGGAAGGCAGGGUGGGAUUAUGGGUGCUUUCAUUAUUUGUGCUUGUCCGAAUU